AAUAGGUUACAUGGGAAGAGGACGAAAUACUCCGUACAUGAGGUUGCGGCAUAUUUUUUAACUCUUGAAAUGACAUGUCCGGCUAUGGCAGUUUCAUUUUCUCCACCCAUCAGCCUGACGUGUUUGUAAAAUCAGAGAUUUGACGCGUGCCUCAGCGUGCCUCAGGGAUGAUUACAGCUUUUUUUUUUUUUUUUGUCACCCGCUGCUCUCUGACUGGAGUCGGGUGUAGCCCAUUAGAAGAAGGUUAUGAUUGAAGGCUCGUCCAGCCAAUCUUUAUGCAGAAUAGGCUCCUAGGGGCGGGCUUCCUGCGGAGCUGGAAGUGGGCCAGUGCAGAAACAAAGGCAGUAGAUAAUUGUAAUUUACUUCAAGAGGGUGUCUGUAUAGUCAUCAUUGACCGAGGUAAGCUGACUAUCAUAGUGUCAGAUGUCCCAUGAAUCACACUCCUGGAGCUCACGCGUCCUUCCAAAAUAAUAUAGGCUAGUGUUCAGAUGUUGUGUGCAUGUAGAAUCAGUCAAUUUGUAGCUGUUAAUUUAGCUCUAUACGGAAGAAAGUCACUCAAUUUCAGCAAUGUGUCUAAAAGUCAUAUGUUAUGUUAUGUUCUUGCACAAUACUUUUUUUCUUUGCUGAAGACAGAAAGUGUGGUUCUGUUCUUUUUGUCUCCUGCAGGCAACCUCAGAGAUGGUUCAACACCGCUGACAUCACAGUGGCUCACCAAAACAACUUGCUCAAGCAACUUAACCAGCAGCGACGCCAAGAGCUCUUCUGUGACUGCAACGUGCUGGUGGAGGGCCAGCUCUUCAGGGCCCACCGCAAUGUCUUGUUUGCCAGCAGCGGCUACUUCCGCAUGCUGCUGUCCCAGGGGCCGGAUGGGCUGUCCGACUCUGUCAACGCUACCUUUGAUGUCUUCAGCCCUGAGACUUUCACCGUCAUCCUUGAUUUCAUCUACUCUGGGCAGCUUGACCUCUCCAGUCACAAUGUGAUUGAGGUGAUGUCUGCAGCCAGCUAUUUGCAGAUGAACAAUGUCAUCAGCUAUUGCAAGAACUUCAUAAAAUCUUCCUUGGACAUCAGCGUAAAAGAUGAAGACAGUGAACGAUGCCACAGCUUGUCUGAGACCUGCAGUUUCACCAGUGGAACAGGAGAAGAGACCUCAGAGCAGCAGCAGCAGGGCCCCUGCUCUGUCAGCCCACCACCAGCUCUUUGGACCCGGGACAACUCUAGAUCCCAAUCUGGCUUUAUGGGGAAGGAGUCAGACCAAGAGACAAUCGGCCAAUCCCUAAAUACGAACCCAAAUAGCCCUACUGAUGACAUUAAUGCAGAAGCGGAUGAUCUGCAGGACCCUCAGGAUCCUCUCUACACUUUGCCAGUCACAGAGCGGCGGCGAGGUAAAGGGGGAACCAAGAGGAGAACACCCUACAGCACCCGCUCAAACCAGCAUGAAGACUUGGCCAUUGAGGAGGCAAGGUCACAGAAAGCUGAAAAAGCGGAAGAGCUAUAUGCUACUUUACCAUCUAUCGUGGGAGUUAUUGGACAUUUUAAUAAAGACUCCAACCCCAUUAUGCGCUUCAAAUGCCCCUUCUGCACACACACCGUGAAGAGGAAGGCAGAUCUGAAGCGUCAUUUGCGCUGUCACACUGGGGAGAGGCCAUACCCCUGUCAGGCCUGCAAUAAACGCUUUACUCGCCUGGAGCAUCUUCGUAGCCAUUUUGAAACAAUCCAUCAAGCCAGGAAGCUGGUGUGCAGGAAGUGUAAAUGUCAAGUGACAGAGGAGACCGGUCAUGUGGUGUGUGAGGGCACACGACGCUAUCGCAUGUGCGCCACAUGCAUCCAGGAAGUGGGUUGUGACGAGAUGCCCAUGGACAGUCUAGAGGAGACAAAUGAUGAGCCGGCCCUGUUACUGGGGGUGGACGGGGAGGAGGAGGGGGACACCAAGGGCAGCUGGAUGGUAACAGAUGAUGAUGACCUGGCUGAAGACUCGGGGGCUGACCUCAUCAUCCAGCAAGUUGACGACAGUGAUGAAGAUCUGCAAUGAAAUGGAACCAAAGUGUUUUUGUGUGUCGAAGCAGGCAGGGGUAUUGAGUGUCAAUAUUCUGUGUGUCUGACCUGAAGCCAUGUGAGAGAAUUUAUGCAUAGAAUAUGUGAUUCAUUGUAAAUACACACAUUUAUCUUAUAUUUGUUGUCUAAAAAUGCAACUGGUUAAUCUUUACUUUAAGGUUUGUUCACCUCUGUGACAAAAUGGAGUGUUUUUUGUUUAGCUUCAUAAAGAUAUGCAGUAUCCAAAGCAUGAUUAUUUGCUCCUAUUAUAAUUAUGAUUACUCGAUCAAAAAGUAUGUUUUUUGUAUGCAUGCCUUUGUUACUUUUUGGAACUAUGUGCCAGAUACUAGCUGACAUUUGAGCAAAAAAUAGUGACAAGGACAAAAUAAUGCAUCUUUUAUUUCCCUUCCCACUUAGGGAAAAGUCGAAAACAGACUGUCUAUUUCAGUGUUCCAUGGUUGCCCUGCUUUUCAUGAUUAUGUUUGACUAUGAUAUGCACUAUGAUAUAAAGCCAAUUAUAAUUUAUUUUUUACUUUUUGACACGAUAAAGAUAUUUUUAUAUGUUCCUG